GCCGCGCGGGUGUCGCGCUGCCAUCGGAGCGGCGCGGCCCAGCGGGCCCGGGAGCCGCGGCCAUGGAGAUGCCGCUGCCGCCCGAGGAUCAGGAGCUGCGGAAUGUCAUCGACAAGCUGGCGCAGUUCGUGGCGCGGAACGGGCCCGAGUUCGAGAAGAUGACGAUGGAGAAGCAGAAGGAGAACCCCAAGUUCUCCUUCCUCUUCGGCGGCGACUUCUACGGCUACUACAAGUACAAGCUGGCGCUGGAGCAGCAGCAGCUGCUGUGCAAGCAAAGCCAGGACAUCGAGGCUUCUGCCCAGAUCCAGCCCCUGCCUCAGCCCUCGCUGCCGCCGGCCGCGCCCAUCCCGGCCCCCCAGGGCACCCCCUCGGUGGAGGAGCUGAUCCAGCAGAGUCAGUGGAACCUGCAGCAGCAGGAGCAGCACCUGCUCGCCAUGAGACAGGAACAAGUCACAUCAGCAGUAGCCCUUGCCAUCGAGCAGCAAAUGCAGAAGGUUUUGGAGGAAACCCAGUUAGAUAUGAAUGAGUUUGACAACUUGUUGCAGCCAAUAAUUGACACUUGUACGAAAGAUGCCAUCUCAGCUGGCAAGAACUGGAUGUUCAGCAAUGCCAAGUCUCCUGCCCACUGCGAGCUGAUGGCCGGGCACCUGCGCAACCGCAUCACGGCCGAGGGAGCGCACUUUGAGCUGCGGCUGCACCUCAUCUACCUGAUCAACGAUGUUCUGCAUCACUGCCAACGGAAGCAAGCACGAGAUCUUCUGGCUGCUCUGCAGAAGGUGGUUGUGCCCAUUUAUUGCACCAGUUUUCUGGCAGUGGAGGAGGAUAAACAGCAGAAAAUUGCCAGACUUCUUCAACUGUGGGAGAAAAAUGGGUACUUUGAUGAGUCCAUUAUUCAGCAGUUACAGAGCCCAGCUCUUGGACUUGGCCAGUACCAGGCAAAUCUGAUCACUGAGUACGCAACGGUUGUGCAGCCUGUGCAAGUGGCCUUCCAGCAGCAGAUCCAGAACCUGAAGACUCAGCACGAGGAGUUUGUCAACAGUUUAACCCAGCAGCAGCAGCAGCAGCAGAUCCAGAUCCCCUCCCUGGAGAACGAGGUGAAAUCAACACCCCCUCCUCAGGCCCCCCCAGCAGCCCCAGCCUCGGCUCCGCCGUCUGCUCCAGUUUCCCAAGCAGAUGAUGGUAAAUCUCAGCUGCCUCUGGCUGGUUCUACAGAAUAUGACACAAGUGGGAGUGGAGUGCAGGAUCCUGCCUCGGGAGGACCUCGUGGGCCUGGAUCUCAUGAUCAGAUUCCCCCAAAUAAACCACCCUGGUUUGACCAACCUCACCCUGUUGCACCAUGGGGUCAACAACAGGGACCACCUCACUGCCCCCCCUGGAACAACAACCACGAAGGGAUGUGGAACGAACAGAGAGAUCAAGGCUGGAACAACCAGCGAGAGACCCCUUGGAACAACCAGCCUGAUCCUUCCUGGAACAACCAGUUCGAAGCUCCGUGGAACAACCAGCACGAACAACCUCCAUGGGGUGGGGGCCAAAGGGAACCUCCAUUUCGAAUGCAGCGGCCACCUCACUUCCGAGGCCCAUUCCCUCCACAUCAGCAACAUCCCCAAUUCAACCAGCCCCCGCAUCCGCAUAAUUUCAACCGCUUUCCACCUCGCUUCAUGCAGGAUGAUUUCCCACCUCGCCAUCCCUUUGAAAGGCCUCCUUAUCCUCACCGGUUUGAUUACCCCCAGGGGGAUUUCCCUCAAGAAAUUGGACCUCCCCAUCAUCAUCCUGGUCACAGAUUGCCUCACCCUGGCAUCAGCGAGCAUCCCCCCUGGGGAGGGCCCCAGCACCCAGAUUUUGGGCCUCCCCCCCACGGGUUUAACGGGCAGCCCCCCCACAUGAGGCGCCAGGGGCCCCCCCACAUGAACCACGACGAUCCCAGCCUGGUGCCAAACGUGCCCUACUUCGACCUGCCCGCUGGGCUGAUGGCUCCGCUUGUCAAGCUUGAAGAUCACGAGUAUAAACCUUUAGAUCCUAAAGAUAUUCGUCUUCCACCCCCAAUGCCCCCCAGUGAGAGGCUCCUGGCUGCAGUGGAGGCAUUUUAUAGUCCACCAUCUCAUGACAGGCCUCGAAACAGUGAAGGCUGGGAGCAGAAUGGACUGUACGAAUUCUUCAGAGCUAAAAUGAGAGCAAGGCGGAGGAAAGGUCAGGAGAAGAGAAAUAGUGGGCCCUCUCGCUCUCGCAGCCGCUCUAAAAGCCGAGGUCGUUCCUCUUCCCGCUCCAAUUCCCGAUCUUCGAAAUCAUCCGGCUCCUACUCGAGGUCGCGCUCCCGCUCCUGCUCCCGCUCCCGCUCCUACUCCCGCUCGCAGUCCAGGAGCCGCAGCCGCUCCCGCUCCUCCCACAGCCGCUCCCGGUCCCGCUCCCGCUCCAGGUCCAAGUCGUACUCGCCGGGAAGGCGGCGCCGCUCCCGCUCCCGCAGCCCCACUCCUCCUUCUUCUGCUGGUUUGGGCUCCAGUUCUGGGCCUCCUAUACCAGAAUCAAGACUUGGAGAAGAAAAUAAAGGCCAUCAAAUGCUAGUGAAAAUGGGAUGGAGUGGAUCUGGUGGGCUGGGAGCCAAGGAACAAGGAAUUCAGGAUCCAAUUAAAGGAGGGGACAUCCGAGACAAGUGGGAUCAGUACAAAGGAGUAGGAGUUGCGUUGGAUGAUCCUUACGAGAACUACCGGAGAAAUAAAAGUUACUCGUUCAUCGCCCGCAUGAAGGCCAGGGAUGAAUGUUAAUUCUAUUUGAAGUGGAAGGGGUGCUGCCUUGGGAUCAAGUCAGACUGAUGCUGAGCAGUGUAUCCUAAUGUCUAAAGUGGGGAAUGAAGCAUCUAGACCCAGUGCAGGUGACCUUUGAGCACUGUGCCAGCUUUUAGAACCUUCCAGCCACCUCCAGGCCCCCCCAGCAGCUGCUGCAGCCCCCCCUGGGCAGGACACGAGGGGCAGCUCGCUGAGGGCUGGGCGAUGCUUUGUAACGGGACACAGUCUUGGAGCUUUUUAUAUUUUUGUACAUAACCCUUUAAUAAAAGCCAAUUAGUUCACUAGAAGAGAAUUCCAUUUUCUCUGCUCUCUUUUACGUUUCUAUCAACGAGACGUUCUCGGGAACUUCCCCUGUGAUCCAAAGGAGAGAAGAAACAGAACCUUUUGCAACUGUUUCCAGCUAGAGCUGUUAGGCCCUUCCACUGCACUCCCAGUCCCCAGGUCUGCGUGGCGGUUCCCUUUUCCAGUUGUUUGUUUGUAGAGCAAAAAAAAAACAAAAAAACCCUCUUCAAACCAUCCAGUUAAUGUGGUGGAAUAUCAGUUUGUUCUAGAUCUGCUGUAGCUGUGGAACUGUACCUGUCUGUGAAUCAGCAUACACCACCUGUAUGUUACCAACUUGUGAAGUUUUAUUGUUUUGCCUUCCAAUAAACACCUUUUUUUUUUUUUUUUUUUUAAAUAAAAAAAUGAAAUGGCAGCUCAGA